CUCGUGGACGAUAAUUAUAAUAAUUUGGAUGCUUAGUAGUCGUAAAAAAAAUAAACUAUGAGACACCAACAGCAAAGGCUCCGACAAGAGUGACAGUACUGGUUUCAGUUAAAUUGUGGCUAUAAUAUUAAUAUAUUCCAUAUACGAAGUUAAUAUCACACAAUUGUUUACUAUUUUGUGUUAAUAUAACGACACUACUGGUUACUUCGGUCGUUGCAUCAGUGGAUUUGUGAUUAAACUUUUUCAAAAUUUAGUAUGAUUGGUUUUAUUAUUAUUUUGGUUAUUACUAUAUUGUUCCUAGUAUUGAAAUAUUUCAAGUCGCCACAUAAAUCAUCUCUGAAAGGAAGACAUAUCGUUGUAACUGGUGGUUCCAGUGGUAUAGGAAAAUGGGUUGCAAUUCUUGGAGCCAAACGGGGAGCUCAUGUAACCAUUAUUGCCAGAAAUGCAGAUAAAUUAGAAGAUGCCCAAAAAGAAAUUAAAACAUUUUGUAUAAAUGAAGAGCAGAAAAUUACCAAAGUUUCAGUAGAUGUUUCAAAAUAUGGGGACAUCCAACACAUUUUCCAUGAACUGGAAGAAACCGUUGGGCCUAUCUUUAUGUUGGUUAAUUGUGCUGGGAUAGCCAUAUGUGGCAAAUUAGAAGAUUUUGACGAGCAGCAAAUAAAACAAUUGAUAGAUGUAAACUUUUUGGGAACUCUUUAUCCAGUAAAAGCGAUCAUUCCAAAAUUUAAAGAGAGAAAAGAAGGAAUUGUUGUUCUCACAGCAUCCCAAGUAGCAUUGAUGGGAAUGUAUGGCUACUCAGUUUAUUCCAGCUGCAAAUUUGCUCUUAGAGGCUUGGCUGAAUCUCUUCAGAUGGAAGUGAAACCGUACAAUAUUUCUGUCACACUAGCUUUACCACCCGACACAGAUACUCCGGGAUUUGAAUUAGAAAAUCAAACGAAACCUAUUGAAACAAAACUUAUAUCUGAAGUUGCAGGUCUUGCAAAACCAGAACAAGUUGCUAGAAACCUCAUAGAUGAUGCACUGGCUCAUCGAUUCUUCAGCUAUUCGGGAUUUGAAUCGUAUAUUUUAACAACACUCUGCGUUGGUAUGAGUCCAUUCACAUCAUUCUUAGAUGUUAUCGUACAAGCUGUGCUACUAGGUCCAUUAAGCCUCUUAUCAGUUUAUUAUAUUCUCUCUUUCAAUUACAUUGUGAAAAAAUGUCAUCUAGAGAAAAUGAAUAAAUGAAUCCCAUACAAAAAUUA